CGGGGUACGAAUACAACUAUCGUAUCUCGAUCGACAAUGGUAUAGUUUUACGGUACAAAUACAAACUCCAUCGAGGAAUGAAAACUCUCAUGUUUGAGAUCCAAACUAACUUCAUCAUCAAAACAACGGACGGUCAAGAUCAAAUCAUGGACUCGGAAACGUUAGAAUAUGACUAUGGCGGAAUAGGAAAAGAUAGUGAGUCGUUUCUAUUGCGACUUAUGUUAACUCACCGCAUGCUCGAUUAUUGGAUGACCGGUUACGAAACACCAACAUUCGAGCUCGAGCUGCUUGAUUUUGCCAGACAGGCGAUGGCCAACCCGGAACAUGAUGCCUCUCGACGCAUAAUCCCAGUGCUAGUCAACUUUGAGGUCAGAACGGUCCAGCAGAAAGACAAGACAGUGGGGGCAGCCAUGGACCGGGCGAUCCGAGCCGAAAAGUUGGUCCAAUUGAGGUUGAAUGACCGUGAUCGUAUUCCUCGUGAUAUUUUAAUGUUAUCGAAGACUAGAGUUGUGAAUGUUGACCAAGGAUUAGGGUUGAUGCCGGUUUGUAGGAUAUGUACGCGGGGCCCGAAUAUCGGUGAUCAGAUAUCGGUGGUCCCCGCGUGCGGACAUGCUUUUCAUACCCACUGCUUUGUUCGAUGGAUGAAAUACAACAACUUCUGCCAUUGGUGGCGAUGCUCCAGCAUUUGAUGAUAUGAGUGAUUGGCUUUACAAGGAAAUUGGGAAAAAAC